UAACAGGAAGUAGAACACGUGUGUAGUGGUUGAUGAUCCUCUCUCGUUCUUAACAUGAGAACGGCAUUCGUAAAAAGAUGACUUUAAAGGCCCAUGAAUACUUCGUGGUAUUUUUAGUAUUGUAAAGAUUUCUUGUACGCUUACUUGUCAUGAAACGCUGCCAAUUGUGAAAAGAAUGUACAGGUGAGGCUGAAGUUGUUACACAGAAAACGUACCAAGACAAAAUGUUUGUUUACCCUUCGAUCAGCUGAGAGGUGUUCAACAGCUCCCAUUAAAUAAUCAGAAUUUUUCCUCAGUGGGAAAGUGCCUCGGGAUAUAUAUCAUCGUGAGGGCGAGAUAUGACAAGUAUGUACGGUCCUAACAGAUCACCGUAUGGAGGCUAUGGCAACUAUUGGGGAGGUUAUGGUCGUGCUCCACAUCCUCCUCCACCUCCUCCUCUUCCACCUCAAGAACCACCAUCGUUUCACCCUCCACCGCCGCCACCACCUCACUUCCGCCCAAUAAGGCCACCACCAAAUGCACUUCGUCCUCCUCCUCCUCCCCCUCCCGUUAGACUUCCUCGUCCUCAGCAGCAGCAGACCUAUCCAAAUCAGCCGCCUCAAGGCCGCCAACAGACACAAAAUUCACAGGAAAGAAAAACUCAAUCGUCUACUUCAUACCGUCCUCAGACAACUGAACAGCAGUCGAAUCAACAAAACUUACGAUCAAGACACAGCAAUGGUGGUAUUCCAUCAAGAAGACCAUCUGAGUAUGAGGAUGAACCUGAGAGAUUAGAAUCAGAUUCUUCCACCAUUAAACCAUUGGAACCUAUUGUUGGUAGUCCUUUAGUUCCAAGACGCAAAGAGAAAGAACCACCACCUAUCACUAAACCGUCGAUACCAAAUAACAAAAGACCUUUACCAGUUGAGUUUGAUCCUAAUCUUCCAGAGGAACUUGUUGCCAAGUUUCACAAUAAUUCUUGUGAAUUAUGUGAUGUAAAGCUCAAUUCUCGAAUCCAGGCCAAAAAUCACUAUGAAGGGAAGCAACAUAGAAAAAAAGUGAAAAACUACAUAAUUGAACAUGCUCGGAAGGAUGGUCAGUCACCUGCAAAAAUGGCCAAAAUUGAUUUAUCAACUCCUAAAAAGAAAGUGGAGCCCUUAGAUGUGAGCCAACUCUACUGCAAGUGCUGUGAUUUAAGCUUUACCUCGGAACAACACGCACAGCAACACUACAUGGGUCGAAACCAUCAGCGGGUCUUACACGGACUCAAACCUUUGAAGGCUGGCUACUAUAAUAAAGAAACUGGGAAGUGGCAGAGAAUGCCACCGGAUCCAAGAGUUUCAGUGGAGAGAGUAGGCCUUAACCUGGAGCCUCCGUCUGAGGAAGGGUCUGAUCAGAUAUCUGAAAAAUCACUAGACCCUGAUGCUGUGAAGGAGAGAGGAAGGUUUUUCUGCGAGUUGUGUAAUGUUUCAGCUACAUCCCAGGACCAACUGGAUGGUCACAUGACGGGUCAACGACACUUGAAGGCUUUAAGGCUCAAUGCAAAAAAGACCACGACAGCUUCAACAGAUGAUGUGAAUGCUGACAUGGCUGUUAUUGUAGGUCACAAGAUUCUGGAUGGGAUGCUGGGCCAAUCUGUAUCAAUCGAUCCUCAACUGCUGUUUCAGCGGCUAGUCACAGCUGGCGCAAACACUGAUAAACUGGACUCGAGUGAUCCAACAUAAGCUUUACAGCUACCCUCCAAUUGUUUUCAGUUUACCUCACGUACUACUAGAAGUUGAGAAGCAGCCACUGGCCAUUUGUUUGUGGUGGAGAGUGCCUAACAAGCAAGACACCUUACCCGAAAAUAUUCAUAACAUUCUCGAUGUUGGUUAUAUCCUUCAACGAGUUCCAUGGAAGAUUGGUGAGACACGGGAUGUUAUAUUAAAUCAUUUUGCUCGCUAUGUAAUGUCAAAAUUUGGUCAGGCUACCAUCAUCUUUGAUGGAUAUCAUUCUGGUCCUACAACAAAAGAUGGAGUCUAAUCAAGGCGAGCUAAAGGUGAUCCAGGUCCCACAGUGUAAUUCACCAGUGACAUGUUAUGUACAGUUCGUAAUGGGAAGUUCUUAUCCAACACUGAGAAUGAGCAACAAUUUGUGGACAUGCUCAGCAUCAGACGGGGCGAGAAGGCUGUGACACACCUCAUGCCAGAGCGAAUGCUGAUGUCUUGAUCACUCAAACUGCUAUUGCAUUGGCCAGAAAGCAUGACACAGUCUUGGUUGGAAAUGACACUCACCUUAUUUUACUUUGUAGUGAGGCAAAGGACAUACUCUUUAAGCUGUACUUCCGGCCAGAAUAGAACCUACAGUCUAAGACUCCAAAAAAGUGCUGGAAUAUCGGACAGCUUCAGCAGUCACUUGAUAAGGAUGUAUGUGACUAUCUUCUGUUCAUUCAUGCUAUCCUGGGGUGUUAGACCACAUCCUGCUUGGUUGGUCUUGUCAAACCUGCUGCCCUGAAACUGGUUAAAUCCAGUCUGUACUUCCAGCAACAAGCUCCUGUAAUCAGGUACACAGAAGCAGAUUGCUCUGGUAUAAUCAAGACUGUGGAAAAUGCAUUAGUAUUCUUGUAUCAUGGUGAACCUGGAGAUACUGUACUGUAGACAAACUCAGAUUGAGACUCCCAAAAAAAUGUAUCCUCAAGUAAAACAUGGGUAAAGCCACAGAAUCUGCUACUGCCCAAUAUCACGGCCUUCGUGUUUACCAUCAAGGUCAACAGCGGUCUGGGAGAGAUUUACCUGCAGAGGAAGGGGGGUAGAUGAUACAUGGCAAUAAGAUGGUCCCUGGGUCCACAGAUUUACGGCCAGCUCCAGCUUACCUUUUGAAUGCAAUAGAUUGUGAGGCUCUGCUUUGUAAAUGCAGGUUACGAUUGCAUUGUUUUCUAGCAUGUGGGGCUUGUAAAGGUAUUCACUGCAAUAAUACAUCGGGUAAUUUGUAGUUAUUAUGUGUGUUAUAGUCACAAGAUGAAGGAUAAAUAAAAUGUACUAAAAACUA